AUGGCUUUUUCAGGAUUGGAUCUUCAAAAACUUAGAAAUUUUUUCCGUCUAGGAAUUGCAGUAUAUGAUGAACUGACGCAGAUUGACAGGGACAUACUGGAAAAACAUAUUAAUUCGUCGGAUAUUCAAGAAAAAGUGGAAAAUUCUUCACAUUUUAAAACUCAUAAAUUGAACACAAAACAAGUGCAAAUAUUAGAAGGCGCAAAAGCUAAAGGAUACGAAAAAUUUGAUAUAACAUUGCUCUACACACUUAUUCGAAAUCUGUGUAAAAAUAUUCAGGCUCCCUCAAAUGGAUGGGGAACAAGCCAGAUGCCCACAAUAAACGAAAUCACAGUCGGAGAUGAUAUCGAAAGAAUAAGAAUGAUUCGAAAUGAAGUUACCGCCCACAUGGCCUCGGCUGAAGUUUCUGAUUCGAAAUUUCAAAAGUACUGGCAAGAAAUAUCCAAUAUUUGUGAGAGACAAGGAAAUUUAUUGCAGAAAAAUUAUCCCGUUCGACUAAGAUCAAUAGAAUGUUGUUCAAUAACAGACGAUCGAUUUGAAACAUUUUUGGACAUUGUACAACGAAAUGCAGAAAUUGAGAGAAGAAAAAAGAUUGACCAAGAGCUCUUCACCAGUAUGAAGCCAUUAGCCACAUUUGAACCACAAGGUUUCAGUUCUAUGAAGGAAUCCUUACAAACAUUUGAGGAAAGUAAAAACAAGACGGGAAAUAGCGAUCAAGACCAAAACACACUAGAGACCGAUUUUAAAAGCUUGGAAAAAUCUACGGACACUUCCAAACCUACCGAAGAAAAGAUACAAUUUGUUAACAUUUUUAUGGCCACAAUGUCAGAUGAUGAAAUCCGAUGUCCAAAUCUAGUUGGGGAUAAGCUGUGUAACGCAGUUGUCCAACCUAGACAGAAAUUUUGCCGAGCAUGCAAAUGGCAAGUUGUGAGAUGCACACACUGUAUGGAGGAUGGGAUGGCUUGUCCUGGAUUAAUUGCUCCAAAUGAAACCUAUUGUGGGGAAUGUGGAAAUUCGUGUGAUAUAAACCAAACACCUUCUACCACCAAGAUGUCAUCAGCAACAGUAAGAUCAGAAGGCGUAAUGGUUCCUCCCAAACAAGAAUCAUUACAAAAAGCUCAGGAAAACAUAAUUGAUAUGGACACCAUGGUAGACGAUGUUUUUAAAUCCGAGGGUGGUGACGAAAAGAGUGAGCUAAAGGAACCUUUAGGCGCUUCAAUUCAAUCAAACGAAGAAAAGAAUCCGGACGAGCUUGGCUCUGGAGCGGAAAUUGUCAAUAUCAGAUGCAAUCUCAAUUUCAGAAAAAAGACUUUCGACAACUCUUUACAUCCAGUUAAAGAACCUCCAGAUAAAAGUGGAGCUAAAGUGCGGAAAAAAAGAAAAGAUAGAGAGUCCAUGGAUCAGGAUCCAGAUGAGAGUCUGGAUGUUACUGAGGAUAGAUAUUGCCCUGCAGAAAUUUCUUCAAAUGAAGGCCAAUUGUAUGAAGAGGGAAAUGCAGACGACAAAGAGUCAACGGAUCAGCUACAAGCAACAGGGGAUGAAACUAACAUUGACAAUGGAAAAUCUACAGACAAAAGUAAAGAAUACAAGAAAAUGAAACUGAACAAAGGUAGUAGCGUGGAUCCAAUAUCUACAGAAAAAAGAAGACAAAGACCAACAGGAAAAGAAGCUGAGAAAAAAUCUGAUGCUCCCAACACCACCAAACCUAAAUCCAAAGAUGAAAAGAAAAAGAAAGCUGAACAACUAACUUCGAAAAAGAUUGAAGCACAGAAAGAAAAAGUUGGAAAAAAAAUGAAAAAUAAAAAGGAUAUUUCAAAAAAAGAUAUUUUCAGAGCAAGAUUUAUUGCGAUAGUUUCCUCAUCGUUCGUUCCUAUUGACCAACGAAAUAGCACUAAGAUAUAUCUUGUGACUCACGAAAAAUCCGAUAUUCAGGCCGGAAAAACUGAAGCUGAAAUAUUCAGACAUUCAGAAGACCAUAUGGCAAUACGAGUGAUUGUUGAAUGUGAAUAUGAGAGGUAUCCUGAUCAGGAUUUGAGAUUCUUGUAUUACUAUUGCAAAGAUGGGACUGACGGAGACAUUCCAGAAUUUUACGGACUGAAAGGAGUCAGUAAGAAAAAUUUGAGAUGUCUGGUGCAGAAUGAGACUAGAACGCACAACUAUGACGGUGUAAUUAGAGGACAUCCAGAAAAAAUCAUUUUUUUCAAUAGAAUUAGCGAACAGGACAUGUGGAAUGAUAUUGAUUUCUGUGUAACAACAUUCCUACGAGCAGCUACAGUUGACAGACUCAGAACAACAUCUAAAGUAGAGGAAUUAAUUUGCAAAUUAGAUGAUAUUUGUUAUGGACUUAUCAGAACCUAUGGAUGCUUCUGUAAAAAUCUGACUAAACAACACAUUGGCCAGAUAUCCUUUGCGAAACUUCAAGUUUUCCAAUCAGACAUCAACAUAACUUUGAUGAAAAUCAUGAUCAUCGAAUUCUUUGACCUAAAAGUAAAACAAAAAGACGAAAAUGAUGUAUUUAGAGGUCUUGUCCUUGAUGUGGAUCUAGAAAGCUGUUCAUCCGAAAGUUACUGCAGAGUUGGGCACCACAUCGGAAAGUCUAAAAAACAAGUUAUUGACGGUUUGCUAAAACUAAUUGGAAAAGGACGUAACCCCGAAUGGCUUCAAUGCGUACCAUUACUGCAUUUGCUCACCCAAAAAUGCAAAAUGUUUGAGAAAAUGCCAAUGGCUUUCAAUCACCACGAUGAAAUUCCAAUGUGGUGGGGCAUAGAUGAAAUCAAAGAUCAAAUAAAUGUUGUAAAGAAUGAACAAUGGGAGCCCAUGGAUUUGUUAAAAAAGCUGGAACCAAUGUUUCCAAUCGACUAUCUCUUGCCAAGAACAUUCUCUGCUGCUCUUUCACUGGAAAAACUCAGCAAAGUGUGCAGUGCAAAUGCCAUACCAAGUGAAGUGAUACUUGCUGUUGUUUACUAUUACAUGAAAGCUAAAAAUCGUCCAUCUGACAGGGAUAAAGGAGCGUUACUGAAUAUACUUUCAUUGACAGUACAACAGGUUAGAGAAACCUACGAGAAAUGGCCAUCAAUGGAGAAUCAGGAGACAAAAUGGUGUCUAAACCAGUAUAUCGCACGAGAAUUACUUGGAAUAACACUAGGCAAACUUCAGUUUGACAACCUGCAUAUUUGUGGAAUUGAGAUGUUCCUGGUAUCGCUCGUAGUUUACGAGAAUUCCAAAGCCAUACAAGCAACGAGUGAUACUGACAUACACAAAUAUGUUUCCGAAGAGGGGUGGACAACAAUAAAGAAGUGGAUGUCUCAGUAUUUUUCCCAUCGAUACCCAGAAAGAAAUAUAUUAAAGGUUGUUGAUGAUAUACCAUAUACAUGUACACUGUAUACACUGUAA